AUUUCGAUUUCAGUUCAGUUUCGAGAUCUGAGCGCGCGAAAUCGAAGCUUCGACUACAACCAGAGAAAUUUUUAUAUUCAGUGUUGAUUAGUGGGAUUGUGUUAAUGUAGAGGAUUGAUUUCUGUUUUCAAACAGAUAACCUCAAAAUGCCUAAUACAAUAACCGAUACUCCAGAAAAAAGUGGAUACCAAAAAGUAUCUUUAGUGGAAUCGGAAGAAACAAAAGACUGGAAUGAAAAAAUAGAUAAAACUGUGAUAAAUAACGAUGAAACAGAUCCUUUAGCACUAGAAGUUUCAAGUGAUCCAGAUAUAAUCAUACCACCUGAUGGAGGUUGGGGAUGGGUAGUAGUAAUCGCUUCUUUUGUUUGUAAUUUGGUUGUUGAUGGUACAAUAUUUUCAUUCGGUACAUUCCUUGAGAAAAUUGCCGAAGAAUUUGGAGUCGAAACGGCGGAAGUAACGUUGAUGGGGUCAUUGAUGUCCGGUUUUUAUUUAAUAGUUGGACCAUUCGUUAGCGCCAUUGUAAAUAGGUACGGUUUUCGACUGGUGGUGAUCUUUGGCAGUCUUCUUAGUGCAGCAGCAUUUGCCGUUUGUAAUUUUGCCACAAGCAUUACUGCCCUCUGUGUUGCCUAUGGAUUUAUUGGAGGCAUUGGUUUUGGAUUUAUUUACGCCCCAUCUGUAGUAAUAUUAGGUUUCUAUUUCGAAAGAUGGAGGGCAUUAGCUACAGGUAUUGCAGUAUGCGGUUCCGGUAUAGGAACUUUCCUUUACGCCCCUAUGACUGCUACAUUAAUAACCAAAUUUGGAUGGAGACAAACGCUGCUAGUUCACGCUGCUCUAGUACUACUUUGCGCCGUUGCCGGCUCCUUAUAUAGACCUCUAAAACCGGUGAAAAUAGACCCCGAACCCACAACUGAAGAAUCAAAAAGCGAAUAUCAACUACCUACAGCUACCCAACAAAAAAUGGAAGCGGCCAUUAGGAUGAUGAAAAGAGGCUCCGACGCGUCAGUUUUAGAUCACCAAGCAUCAAUUCCUCGUCUUCUGGGUGUUAAUAACAACUCUGUAUAUCCCAGGAUAUCGGAUGUUUAUCACACGAUAUGCGUCCCGAACGGAAACGUAACUUCCAGACCGCACGUAGCUUGGACAAGAGAGAGAAGCAAGACUGAAGGAAAAUUACAAUUGACUCAUUUACAAAAACUAAAAAUGCCGAAGGAAAAUCAUAAGAGCCACGAGGUAGUUCGACCGUUAUAUAGAGACGAUAUUUUCUUUAAUGCUAGUUUGAAACGUUUGCCCCAAUAUACGUCACAAAGUUCGGUACAAUAUAAUUUAUCAGUUACGAGAGCUCCUACUAAAAACGACGUAGAAGAAGAGAUAACGAAUAAACGUUUAUUUUGCCCCGAAGCUCUUAGAAGAGUUCUGGGUACCAUGUUGGAUUUGAGCUUGUUUAAUUCACCUUCGUUCAUCGUAUUAGCUAUCGGUGGGUUCUUUACCAUGAUGGGUUUCUUCGUACCAUAUAUGUUUUUGGUUGAUAGAGCGAAGAGCGGGAAUAUUGAUAAAACGACAGCUGUGUGGUUGGUUUCUACGAUGGGUAUAGCGAAUACAGUCGGAAGGGUGUUUUAUGGUGUUAUUAGUUCUUUUCCUAAAGCAAACGCUCUUGUUAUCACGAAUAUCGCUUUAACGAUCGGAGGAUUGGCUACCAUAUUCAGUGGAUUACUACUGACUCCUGCAUAUCAGUUCAGUUACUGUGUCGUCUUCGGUCUUGCUAUUUCUUGUUUUGCAUCUAUAAGACCGAUAGUAGUAGUGGAUCUUCUGGGAUUAGAAAAAUUGACGAACGCUUUCGGUCUUCUCCUCCUGUUCCAAGGAAUUGCGGCGAUCAUCGGAGCUCCAUUAGCAGCGGCUUUUAUGAACGCUGCCGGAAGCUUCGACGCUUGUUUCUACUUUUCCGGUGGAUUGAUUAUAUUUUCGGCAGUUUUGUGCUACCCUUUGAAUUACAUUAACGCUUGGGAGAAACGAAGAAAUUUAGAGAAAAAAAAUUUGUUAGUAUAAUAUGUACAUAUUAUAUUUAUUUUAGAGUAUUUUUUCUAUUUGUAAGAGACUCUUUCUAUAUUAUGAAAGAAAAGAGAUUAAAUUAUUUAUUUUUUUA